AAAUUAGAAGUCGCAUUACCUCGUCUUCACCUUUCCGAUGUCCAUUUUUUUUUUUUAAUUAUCUUUCUCCAUUAUUUUCUAGAAAAUUAGCUUUAAUGGCAUGGUGCUGCCAUCUAUGGUGAGAGGUAAUAAACCAUGUAAUAAACAAGAACAUCCGUGUGACCGAAGCAACCGGACUGAAGCCCUGAAGCACCGAAGGACGGAAUCCGUCGUCUCCCAUUGCUGUGGGAAUCGCAAGGGCCGCGUCGUGUAGCAGGAAAUAGUAUUAUAUCAUUAGCUAGUCACAGAGGCUAGUCAUUUUCUCUCCACACCUAAGAUGCUUUUACUUCGUCGUAAGCUUUCCGCUCAUGUGUGAUCCACAAGCCAUCGCAAGCGGGGUCACAGAGGGAAGCCCAGCAAUCAUCUGAUCUUCAGCAUGUGAUCUUCGAACGGGCCGUAUAUGCAUGCGUCGCUUCAAGCAGACGACCAGGAAAGCCUUCAAGGAAGCCAGGUGCCCUUACUGAGACCCAGGGCACUACAAGAUCAGGCGGCUGACAGCAUGGAGUCUGGCCAGCAGGACGAUGUUGUUACCUUGGACAAGAAGCCGGCUGGAUCGGCUCUUCGCCGCGUGGAUUGGAUCCAGUUUUUCCGCAAGCUGCACUUGGAGCUGUUUCUUUUUGUCUACGCCAUGUCCUACUCCAUGCGACUCGUCAUGACACAAGACCUGUUCCUGACCAAGGCCUGCCUCUUCAAGUAUGACAUCAACGCCUCUGCCUGCCGCAACCUCUCGUGGAACAUCACUGUCAAAGACGAGGUCACCAGGUAUGCCAAUAUCCACAACCUGUGCCUGUUCCUGGUUCAGUUCGUUCCCGCGGGCCUCCUGUCCAUUUUCGUAAGCCCGUGGAGCGACCGCUAUGGCCACAAGCUCCCCAUCUUGGUCGCGAUCGCUGGCGGCAUCCUCCAGGACCUCAUGACUCUUGAUACAGUCAUCGUCUUCAGCGUUCCCAUGUACGCCACCGUCCUCUGCGGUCUCCCCAAUGGCCUCAGCGGCGGCCUCGUCUCGGUUUGCGCUUCGGUCUACAGCAACGGCGCCCGGACCGUCACGGCCGAACUCAAGACCGUGCGGUUCGCGUGCAUCCUGACGGCGCUGACUCUUGGCUUUCAGCUCGGGAUGUUUGCGGGGGGACAGAUCUUCAGCCGCGGCGGCUACGAGCCCAUCUACGGGACCUCGGCGGGUCUUCUGGCGGUGAUGGCAUUGUGGAUAUUUUGGACAGUGCCCUUUAGUGCCCAGUUGCACCGGACAGGCUACAGAGAGCUCUUGAGGGACUUGCUGAGGCUGGAUAACCUCAGGGAAGGGUGCCGAUCGGUGUUCAAGCCCAGGCCUGGCUGGAACCGGGCGAAACUGCUGCUGAUGAUGGUGUCGCUCUGGUUCAUCCUGUUCAACAGCGAAACUGCCAGGAACAUCAACUACUUCUACACAAAGAACCGGUUCGACUGGAACCCCGUCAAGUUCUCCAACGUGACGGCCUUCUUCGGCAUCAUGCAGAUGAUCGCGACGGCCGUGUGUGUCAUCGUCUUCAGCAGGCUCUUCCAGAUCCGCGACCCGUCUCUCGCCAUCAUUGGGGUCGUUGUGUUUGCGCUGCAGAACACCAUCAAGGGUUUUGCCACCGAGGAGUGGAUGUACUAUUUGAGUUACGUCAUAGGUUCACCUGGUGGGGCAGCUGCUGUAGGGAUUUCGUCGUAUGCUUCGAAGCUCAUUGGUCCUUACGAAGCAACCAAGGUUUUCUCUUUUUGGACCACCUGCGAAUCGCUGGUACCGGCAUUUGGCGACGUCUUUUCCUCGCUGGUGUUCAACGCUGCCCUCGAGUAUCAGCCGGGACUGCCUUUUCUCAUCGGUGCUUUGCUACAGCUGUUCCCGUUGGCCGCCCUCAUAUACUGUCUCAGAAUGCCGGAGGCAGAUCCGGACGAUGACGAAGCGCUUUUGGAUCCCAGCACCGAUGCUUCUGUGCAAGAGCAACCCCACAACCUUUGAAGCGGUACCUGAAGGCGAAACUUCUGAAUCGUAUCGUGCGGUAUCAAGCCAUAGCCAUCCCAUCUCACCAAGCCCCGUACCAAGCCCAGCCGUAGACACACAGCCGUGGAUUGUCGAGACUUGUCAAUCCGCACAGAUAGUCAAUAUAACGGCGGCGCUUGCGUUUAACUGAACCUGCUCCGCGAAAAUUUUGAGGACGAUGUGCUAGCCGAAAGGGACAAAGCUAAAAGGAUCCACUGGGGCAGAGGAAUCUCUCAUUUCUUAUCAAGUAAGUUGCUUUAGUAGUCUAGAAAACGGUGGAACGGUUUCACCCUCCACCCGCCGAUUGUUUGUCGGGCAUGUUUGGGGCAGCCCUUUAGGGAACAUAGCAUGCCUGACCGGUUGGGCCCAACUGCGCGAUGACCGAAGUAUUAACCGAGCGCUUGCACCGAGUGAUCUACCCAAGUUUUAAUGAAGAAUUGUUGCUUUCAUUGAGCGACUAGUUUGAUGUUUUCAGGUGGUGCGGGUAUUUACCGGGGACAACCUGUCCCUUUAGGUUAGAGUCUUGGUAUGUGGAGGAAUGCAAUCAUGCUUUGCCGCAUCUUUUUGAGUGCUUAUCGCAGAGAUGCGAUUUGUCUGUCUCUAGGUAUCAGAUAUGGCAUUGUUUAUUCAGUGUGCUGACUUGUCGUGUGGACACUAGACAUUUGCUUUUAUUAAUUUUACCCGGGCUGUGCUAUAUAUAAUUUUAAGGGUUGCCGGACAACGCCUUUGGUCUGACGGUGAAUCGCGAGUUUAUUUUGCACUACUUAUUCCUUUUACAAGGGUUAAUGCAAAACAACAAACUUUGUGAAAAAAAAUUUUUUUUUUUUUUUCCGUUUAUGUUUACACAAAUGAAUUUGCUCAAACAUAAAAUUGCCAAAGAAAUCCUGAUUGUAACGUCAUUAAAAAAGGCAAACAAAAAAACUUUCAGCCUUUCCACUCUGGUAAAAAGGAAGACCAGCGGAGCUGUACAAUGGAAAGUAAUGGCCGGUCGUGAGUCGGCAGGCCAGAGACCAGAGUGGAGAGGCUGCCGCCAUCUAUGAGCGACGGCGGCAACCAGAUACGUGGCUUGCCGCCGUCGCUCACAGAUGGCUGUGGGUGUCUAGAGUUCGGUUUCUUCAUUUCUAUGUGGGGGACACGAUCCUGGGGAAACUAACCCUUAACAGCUCCGCUGUAAAAAAAAAAAAAAAAAAAGAAAACUCCUCAGCAGAGUUUCUAAUAGCACAUCACACUCAUGUGCACUGUUUGACAGUGUAAGAGAGUCAUUUCCACCAUACAGUGAAGCAAUUCACAGCAAAGUUGGGAUUUGAAUACAACAUUGAAGCUCUUGGUUGCCACAUCUGUGUAUGCAGAUAUUUUUUGCUUCUCCUUAUGGAGGCUUGGCAAUCUAUAUGGACUGCCGCUUUUCAAGUACUCCCACAUUGUAAACCUCACCUGCCCCAACAAUUUUGCCUGUCACAAAAAAAAAAAAAAUUCAACACUGUAUUUUUGUUUAUGCGUUUUAGUUGCCGAGACGAUUCUGGCUACUUACCUUCGCUCUUUGAAGGAGGGCUGUGCGUGUUUUGCGACAAUAAAAAGGGGGCCAUCUCCAAAAAUAUUGACCCAAAACCUCGCAUUA